CAGUAGAGGGUUCAGAGCCGGUGUAAACGAACCCCAAGUUUGUGUUGCUGUGGACGUGUCAAGAAAGGUUAUGAACGAGUCUUGUGUUGCUGACGUCUUACUGAGAGUUUAGAAACCUUAGAAAUGUCAAUAAAUGAGAAACGUAGCGUGGAGGAACAGUUAGCUCUCUACCGGCUUCAGAAAAAGAAGGAAGAGGCGAGAAAAUGUGUUAAACGGCGACUGUGGAACUUCCUUUACUCCAUCAUGACACUCGGGGCAUCAAAAGACACUUUCCUUCCCUCCAGUUCUUCAUGUGUGACAGACGAUAAAUCAGAUAUAAGUAGUGAAGAACCAGAUAUUCCUAAUAGCAGUAAAGUCAUCGGUUCUAAGGGAACAAGGAAAAGAGUUUUACUAAGAAAUGAUGGAUCUUCUGGAAUGAGCACAGAUGACAGUGAAGUAAACCUGCAUGACACUACAUCUAGGUUUUAUGAAAAUUACACAACACUGGAUUGGGUUGCCAUGGGGCUGAAGUCCAUGAUGUGGCUGUUGCUCUUCAAAGUGUUUAUCCUCAUCGAAUUUGGGGCAGUAUUUUUUAUUUUUAGUGCCUUUGCCUUAAUGUGGUACAACUUGAGAUCUGAACCAAAGAAAAAGGGAGAAAUAAGUGCAUAUUCAGUAUUCAACCCAAACUGUGAAGCCAUAGAGGGAACCUUUACUGCUGAACAGUUUGAACGAGAGCUUUUGCAUAAAAUGUGACCGUGUUGCUGAUGGCAGUCCAGUACUGUAUGGAGAUAAUACAUUCAGUAUAUAAAACAAUACUGUACUGUAAUUGCAGGCAGUCACCCAAGUGUUGAAUCCGCAAAUUGUUUUGAAAAAAAUGAUUACUCUGAGGUUUUACUUAUCGUGUCAUGAUGAUUAUUAUUGUUUGUGUCGAAAGUGUAAGACCAACCAGGAUAUUUUUUCAAUAUAAUAAUAUUAUACAAGAUAAUCUAGCUCAUCUGAUAAAGCUAGGACUAAAUGGUUAUUUUAUACAGGUAUAAGAAAUCUAAGUGGAAUAAAAUGAAACUGCUAAUAAAGGUUCUCUGGGAUAACAAAGUAUUUUAUAUUAAGAAUAAAUUAUUUUUAAAAUGUUA